UACGCGCAUGCUCAUUGGAGUCUUCAAACUGAAAGUAUAGAAAGAUGAAAACCUGACAACAGGAGUUUUACACAUACACAAGCUCCCGAGCCACCGCUUGGGUAAUACCGAACUCUUAUUUUAGUUAAAUAGAACUUACACUCGCUGACAAUUAUGACGGAUAUCGCGACGAUCUACAAACUGUCCUUGAUUGCUUUUGCUUGUGCUAUGCAAGGGUACGGGGCAACAUGUCCGGUUCUGGAGUGCUGGUUCGUUCAGGAGAAGUCGGGUCGAGGAGGCGGGUUUCCAGCUGCCAUGAGCCAGGAGAAGUCCCUGCUUUACGUCGGAACCGACCCGGACAACACUGGAACCGGGACAACAAAGAAUCCCCCAGCAGACAUCGACUCCGCGCGGAUCUACUACGUCACCGAUCCAGGGGCUUCUCUUUGCAGUUCCUCUCUUCGUCCACCAGAGGGCUCUGUCAGGAAGCCGCAGUGUGAAAUAAAUCCAUAUCUGCCUCAGCCUGCUAUGGUCCAAUGGGCAGCUCCGCUGACCGAGUCCGCCCACAGUCCCAUCUACCUUCAAGCUGAUUGGCUCUCAGUCUCCGCGCACGGCCUUGACGGACAGCUGGCGCUUUCCAGCGUUAUGAGAGCUACAACGAAAACCAACAAGCCAAGCGUAAUCGUCAGUGUGUACAGUAGAACAGUCUCGGUCCGCGCCAGACUGGGGGCUCCAGUGGUUCUGGACUGCGGGUUCUGGACCGAGCCCUCGUCCCCGCUCUCCGCCGGGGGGUUUUCGGUGGAGUGGCGGUAUCAGUUCCGGGGCGAGGGGCGCUUGGUGCUGGCCUACGACGGCAAGAACGACCGCUUGGCUCAGACUGCGGAGGAAGGGGCGGAGCUGGACAUCGCCGCCCUGCACCAAACAGGAAACGCAUCACUCAUCCUGCAGGAAGCUCAAGUCAGGCACUCCGGGACCUACAUCUGUUCCGUCUACCUGCCGUACCUUCUGUCACAGGUGUCCGUCAACCUGGAGAUUGAAGAGCCUCCCUCCCUCUCCAUCAGCCCCCCGACCCCCCAGGUGCUGCUCCCCGGCCAGUCCCUGUCUCUGCAGUGCCAGGCAUCCGGCUUCACCCCCCUCCCUCUGGAGCUGCGCUGGGAGUUUGCGGACGCAGACGGAGCGGUGCGCCCCCUAGGGGCGGGGAGGGUGUCCGGGCACAAGCAGGCCUGGGACGGGACCUUCACCCAGAGCUCCUGGCUGGAGGUGGGGAGGGGCGGGGAAGACCUGGCGGGUGGCGGCGAGGUCGUCUGCGUGGGGCUUCACUCUGGGGGCGCCAGGCGGGCCCGCGUGCCACUCAGCGUAAUAGGGGCCCGAGGCCCCACAGUGGAGGACUCUAUUGCCAUGGUUGCAGUGGCCCUUGGGCUGUACGGACUGAUCAGGAUCGCCACUUGGACCCUGGGCAUGUCUGGGUUUGCUGGUAGAGACCCAGAGGCCAAAAAAGAGAAGUAAAAUACGGAAAAGGCUCAGGAUUGUACGUGUUUGUUGUACAGAUAUGAAGAAAGAUGUGACUGACCUUUCCUUGAGGACUUCCAGUUGCUCACAUUUAUGACAAACGCAUCUGUGCUAAUAUCCACAAGUCAAAUUUUAUUUCUUAAUUAUAUGUAUGUAUAAUUUCAAUGUGCUUUAAAUUUGCAUAUCAAAUUUUUCAUUUUUAACCAUUGCCCAAUUUUAACUAAGUACAUAAAGAAUCAAUUUAGGCACACACGGUUUAGAUCAUUUGUAAAUUGGACUAGUUUACAGUAGGUGGGUGCCACUGAAUUUUGUAUUAUAUUGAUAAAAACAUGGUUUUACUUUUGCAGGAAACAUUGUCUGAAUAUUUCACCUUGUGAUGUUUCAUUGUACUCAGUUGUAUGAAUUCUGAUUACUAGCCUGUGUCAUCAAUUUGUUUGUUCUUUGUAAAUAUAUGUCCUGAAGAGUUGUAAAUGGAUUUCUAAAAAGGGUGUACAUGUUAUUUUGCUAGAAUGUUUGCAUGAUAUUUUUUUAUCUUAAAUUGAUAAAAUGCAAUCCCUUCUGGAUUCUGUUUAUUGAUAUUUAACAGUUUUUUAAAUUUAUUUUUUUUACUGCUGACACUGAGGUUAAGGCUGGUAACUGAUCUGUUGAUUCUGGAUGAAAAUAAAACUUGUUAAAAAUGGCGAA